AUGUACACAGCUGUUGAACCAGUAGCAGACGAACUGAAGAAGUUCGAACAGUUGGUGAAAAAUAAAAGAGACCAGUGGCAUAAAGUUACAUUUGACUUCCGUGCUAUUACGAUUGAAGAGUAUUUGGAAAUGAAUGAGAGGAAACAAUUUGGCAUGAUUAGUGCUACACAUUCAGCAUAUUAUUUCAAAGAUCUUGAGGAAACUAUAAUGAACCUAUAUGAAUGUUUGGUUAAAGGAGGAAUAUUAUUCACCAGGAUGGAUGACGGUGGAUUAGAGAAGUUCAUUUCCAAAGUCGGAGAAUAUUACACAGAUCAGUUGUGCAACUUCAUUGGAACUCAUGCCAUAGAAGAUAUCAUCAACCGUAGAAUACCAAAUGUCAGAUAUGGAAGUAUCAAGAGGGAACUAUGGUUUAAUGUCACUGAAUGUUUUGGUGAAGAAUCCGAAAUAGGAUCCUACAUUAUAAAUGUUUUUACAAAAAUCUACAACUUUCGCGAAAAAGCAAAACCCAAAAUUAAAAAACAAAUAUUAGAUUAUAUGAGGGAUGAAUGUUGUAAGAAAGAGGAUAGCAGGAUUUUGUUUAAUACAGAUGAAAGAGAUUUAUUCAUUUUCCGUGAUUAA